AUGAGUCUUGCAAGCUCGAGAUCGACAAGCACGAGGAUGACGUCAAGGUUGCCGAGCAGGAGAAGGAGGACCGACCUGGAGGAAAAGAAGCUUGGCCUCGAGAAUACGAUCGCACAACUCAAGGCCGAUAUGGAGGAGUUGAGCCAGGUGGUAUCCGAGUCUGAGAAGAGCCUCAAGCAGGCGGGCGAGGAUCGCAAGGCGGAGAAUCUCCUCUUCCAGGAGUCUGUGUCCGACGCUCGUGCCACGGUCCAGGUGCUCAAGAAGGUUCAGGCCCGCAUGGAGCAAUUCUACGGCAAGCAAGGUGCUCUGGUGCAGACUGAUGCUCGGCAAGAGCCAUCGAAACCUGGACAGGCCAAUGCCCCAGAGCCGGGGCAGAUGACCUACGAGAAGAGCGCCGGCGCCAGCGGAGUUAUGCAAUUGUUGGCCAUGAUCACCAGCGAGGCUGAGCAGAGCGAGGCGAAGCUGAUGACCACCGAGCAGCAUGCCCAACGCGACUAUGAGUCCCUGGUCAAAGCAUUGCAGGCUGGAGUCGAGGCCAACCGCGAGGCCAUCAUGGAGAAGACCGAGCUGUCGACCCAUAGCUCCGCGGAGCUAUCGGAGACCGAGGGCGACCUGCUGUCCAAGGGCGAGGAGAUCCAGACGCUGGGCAGCACGCUCUCAGGCCUCCACCUCCAGUGCGACUGGCUUGUGAAGUACUACGACGCGCGCCAGAAGGCCCGCUCGGAGGAAAUCGGUGCCAUCGUCGAGGCCAAGGCCAUUCUCAAGGGCGCCGACUUCGGAAAGGCCCAGGAAGAGGCCGACGAGGCCACCGCCUGA